AACAUGGCGGUGGUAAUUUGCUUUCUGUUUGUUCAUUUUCUUAUAGGGUUGGUUUCCAGCAAUGGUGAAUACCAGAAAGAAAAACUGGUGUCGGUUUCAGCGACUACAGGAAUGCCAUGGCCCCUACCUCAGCAAUAUUCAUCUACACCUGAUGUUUACACAAUAAAUCGGAAUGCAUUUAAAUUUAAAGCGACUGGCCAAAGCUGUGAUAUCUUAGAAUCUGCUUUCUUCCGUUAUCAGACAAUUAUUUUUGGAAUGAGAGAAGAAACUCUGAAAUUCCACCCGAAGAAUUCUCUUAAAGCUGGUUCUCUUACAGUGUUGAAUGUCAACGUCAAAAACAAAUGUGACCGGUAUCCAUACCUUGGAAUGGAUGAAUCUUAUAACUUGACGAUUAGUGCAACAGGAGCCACACUUAAUUCAAACAGUGUUUGGGGUGCCUUAAGGGGGAUUGAAACUUUCAGUCAGUUAGUCCUACAACAAGAUACAAAUAUGUUCUUCGUGAAUGGUACAACAAUAUCGGACUACCCACGAUUUCAGCACAGGGGGCUCUUAUUGGAUACCUCCAGACAUUUCCUAGAUGUGACUAUCAUCAAACAGAAUCUGCUUGCCAUGUCACAGAGUAAAUUCAAUGUAUUUCAUUGGCACAUUGUGGAUGACCAAUCUUUCCCAUACACAAGUAAAAACUUCCCUGACAUGGCGUCAAAGGGUGCCUAUGAUUCUAGACACAUCUACACCCAGGAUCAGAUUGCAGAAAUCAUUGAAUUUGCCCGAAUUCUGGGUAUCAGAGUAAUUCCAGAGUUUGAUUCACCAGGUCACUCCCAGUCCUGGGGUAAAUCAAUCACAGACCUCCUGACAAAGUGCUAUAGUGGAGGUAAACGUAAUGGACAGUAUGGACCUGUAGAUCCCACCCUGGAGACCUCUUAUGGCUUCCUGUCCAAGUUCUUUGCAGAAAUUGGUAGAGUGUUCCCGGAUCAGUACAUUCACCUUGGUGGUGAUGAGGUCAACUUUGAUUGCUGGAAAAGCAAUCCAAAUGUGACAGCAUUUAUGAAACAGAAAGGCUUUGGAACUGAUUAUGCAAAGCUAGAAGAAUAUUAUGUACAAAGAUUGCUGGAUAUUGUGGGUGGGCUAAAGAAAGGUUACAUGAUCUGGCAAGAAGUUGUAGAUAAUGGAGCCAAGAUUUCAAAGGAAGCAAUUGUAGAGAUUUAUAGAAAUUCAGCGUACAUGCUUGAUGUGUACCUUACAACACUUAAAGGUUAUAGGACAGUUCUUCAAGCAUGCUGGUAUUUAGACUUAAUCAAAUAUGGCGUUCAAUGGCAGGCUUUCUAUGCCUGUGAUCCAGGAAACUUCAAUGGAACAGCUGAGCAGAAGAAGCUUGUAAUUGGAGGAGAGGUGUGUAUGUGGGGGGAAUACGUAGACAACACCAAUGUACUCUCGCGAACAUGGCCACGUGCCUCGGUGGUUGCAGAGCGUUUAUGGAGUGCUCAAAGUGUUAAAGAUGCUAACGCUGCUGCCCCAAGACUGGAGGAACAUCGCUGUAGAAUGAUCAAGAGAGGUUUUCCAGCAGAGACGGUGAAUGGACCAGGCUUUUGUCCCCAGGAAUAUGCAAUACCAGUCUAGAUAAUUCUAGACAAACCAAUCUAAAUAAUUCUAAGCAUACUAGUCUAGAUAAUUCUAGGCAUACCAAUCUAGAUAAUUCUAGGACCCUAUCUGUUCUCAAGAAAAGAAAAAAAAACAAUCAUAACACUUUUCCAUACUGUGCAUUAAAUAGAGAUUUUGUAUUUUUUGUAUUAGUGCUAUAUGUAAUUAUAUAUAUUUCUACUCAGUAUUUUUAUAUGUAGAAAAAUUAGCAUGGAGUACACAGUACUUGUCAGCUGUAUGACUGUAGCGUAAAUUAUGGUUGUUUAGUAUCAUGUGUACAUAUAUACCUAUCAUAUGCUAGUUAUUACACGAUUGUUUUAACGUUAAUCAUGUUAACACUAUAGCUACAAGCACAUUUGAAUUAGGUUUCAGAAUAAUUUGAUUUUGAAUGUACAAUUACUUACGUCCCAAUUUGUACAUAUUCUUAUGUUUUCUGUGAUAUUUAUCUAGCUACUUGUACAGAUAAUUCAAGCACAGGCGUAAAUAUUUAUGUUAUCUGCUGUAAGUUUGGAAGGUAUACAUGUACUUGCUCAUUCCUGUGAUUAUCUUGUCAAUUAUUAUCAUUGUUACCAGUUUAUGUUCUCACAAAAAAGCAUAAAUGCAAACAUUCCAUGUGUAAAAAAUGGUGUAAUUACAAAUGUACAUGUGUAAAUGAAAUACAUCUUACUAUAAUGGAAUGUGAUGAUGCUAGUACUCUAAAUUUAUGUACCGGUACCAAAAACUUCAUUUUAUUUUUCUUGAUUUUUUAUUUGUGAUUAUGCAACCUUGCAAAAUAAAAAAAAAGAUAAGUGAAA